AUGCUGGGGAGCCUCUGCACUCUCAUCACUGCUCUAACAUGUAAGGAGGCUGACUUCCUGCAGCUUUCAGCUCAUGUUGGAUUCAUCAGUCUGUGUGUUUCUCUUGACUCCAUGUCAUCUUGUUGUUUCCAGGUGUGAGUGCUGUUACCGUGGUGACACAGAAGCCUCCUGUUGUAGCUGUGAGGAGAGGAGAGACAGUCAACAUGGACUGUAACCUGGGGACUGUGAUAAAUACUGUCUUCUGGUACAAACAGAUUCCUGGAGGAGUUCCUCAGUUUAUUCUGUAUUACUAUCACACUCUAAGCUCUCCAAGCUAUGGCUCUGGUUUCUCCUCUCCUAAAUUCACCUCCACUCAUCAGUCAAAAUCAGAUUAUCGUUUGAUCAUCAGCUCUGUGGAGGAGGGAGACUCUGCAGUUUAUUACUGUAAAACAUAUGACAACUCUGUCAGUGAGUUCGUAUCACAGUGAUUUACACCAUGACAAAAACCUCCUCACUCUCACUUCUGCUUUUUUGAGCUUCAGGUUCAUCUUCCAGAGCCCUCUGUAACUUACCUGAUCAGACUUCAGACUAACUGCUUAUAUCAUUCUAAUACUUUUGAUUUUCUUUGAUGGGGAAUAAUAAUGUUGAAAAACUCACAAAUUUCUCUAGUUACUGUUCAAAGUGUUUUUUAGUUGUUAUUUUGCCUGAAAUCUUGGUUUAUUCAUGUGAGCUAACUGAACACACAACUGGUCAAGACCAAAAAGUGACAAAUAAAGACAAUCACUGAGAUAAGGUUUUUGUUUCCUAUAAAGUUGUAAAAACUAAGAGGACCUUAAGAGUAAAACAAACAUACUUUGUUGUUUUUAACUCUGUUCUCAUCAGAGGCCCCGGUCCUUGUGCAGGCUCCAAGGCCGGACUCGGUCUCUGUACCUGCUCCCCAGCCUGUUCCUGCUUCUGGUUUGGAGUGUCGCCCCCCUGAACUACUUACCUGCAGAGGUCACAUGCCCUCCUCCCAGGCCCCCUCCACCCACCCUGCUUUGGUUCUGAGAUUUCUAGGAUUUCUUGAAUCUUUCAGAGAGGGGUUAUGUCAUGAUAGGCUCUUGUUAGUUUCGUUUAUCCUGGUUUUAUAUUUAGUUUAAUUUCUGAGUCUGUUUCCUCGUCUUUCUGUUUCCCUGUGUUCAUUAUUCUUCUGUUCUUGUUCUAUCUCACUGUUUUAUUUUGUAGUAGUCAAUCUCUGGGUAUCAAGUCUAGUUUUACUUCCUUAGUUUUCCUCCUUUGUUGAUUACUCAAGAGUCUCACCUGUGUCUUGUCGUCCAUGUUGUCUCAGCCUCAUGAACCAUAAUUCAUGUCCUCGUGUUUUCCCUGUGCCUUUUUGUUUCUUUGCUUGUUUUUGGUGUUUUUGGUUUAUUGCAUUUGGAUUUUUCAGUUCAAAGUAAGUUUUUGUUGUUUCAGUCUUUUGUUUGGUUAAAAAGUUCAGUGUCUAAAGUGAGGUUAAAGUCCAUCUUUGUUUUGAUAAAGUGAUCAGAGUGAUGGUGAAAGAUUGAGACGUUGAGAGUGAAAGUCGGUCUCAACAGGAUGUUUCAGUUCCUCUCCCCUCAUUAUUGAGAGUCAGGAGGUUUUUGUACGGCCAUGUAUACAAACUGAAUCACUGUGGUAUUCGGACAAGGAACCAAGCUGAUCGUCUCGGGUAAGUUCUUUAAAAAUCAUUGUUCAACCUUCUUAUUGUCUGUUUCUGAUUCCUGUUUGAUGAAACUCUUGAUUUGACUUGUUCAAAACCUUCAGUGGUAUUUUAGGACACAUUUCUCUGCUUUAAAAUCCAGUUUAGAAACAGUCCUGAGCUUUGCUGUAAUCAUCAAAACAAGAUGAAUAUUCUGUAUCUGACUGAAAUCGAUCUAAAAUCAUCUAUACGUAUGUUUCUGUUUAUUUUGAAUCACUGAACUUGUUCAGUAAAAUUCAGAUGGAUUAGUUUAGAUCUUCUUCAAAAGCUGACGUGAUUUCAUGCAAAGAUAAAAAAUCCGAAUGAAGAGAAUAUCUUUGAUAUUUACUGAAAAAGGACAAAAUAUUUAAUGGUUGAUUUUAUUUUUCUGACAUUUAAUCAAAAUUGAUCAAGUUUUGAUGAAUCAUUUCAAUUUGAAUGGUGCGGUCUUUGUCCUAAACCAGUCAUUGAAAUAAUUCUGUAUUUUAUAAUGUGAUAAAACUCAAAGACUGUGAUUCUUAUGGAUGAACAAAGUCUGGCUGAGUGUUGAUGUCUGGAUAUUAUCUUUGCUGCUGGAAAAAAAAAGUGUUUUAAAAUCCUGUUGGUGAAAAAUAAGUGAGUUUUUCAUUUUGAUGAUCUCCAACUUCAGAUCCUAUUUUGUUCGACACUGAGGGAGACUUUAGGAAACUGUUUCAACAUGAACCUCCAAGUGACAGAUCAAGUCCUCUUGUUAUGAUCUUGAGUACGGGGCUUGUGUUUUUAUCAGCGUGUUGUUAUCAUGUCAAAUGACCAAUACUUGAAUAUUGAUGAUUUGUGUGUGUUUGUGUGUUUCAGGCUCCAGCCUCUCUCCUCCCGUCCUCACAGUCUUCCCUCCGUCCCGUGCUGAGCUCCAGUCCAACAAAGCCUCUCUGCUCUGUCUGUCCAGUCAGUCUGUGCCUUUUGCAGAUGUGAGCUGGUUGGCUGCUGGGAGUCCAGUGAGCAGUGGGGUCUCCACCAGCACGGCUGUUCGGCAAGCGGACCAGACUUUCCACAUCAGUAGCUCUCUGUCCAUCACCCCCUCUGAGUGGACCACGGGCAAAGUCUUCACGUGUAAAGUGUCUCUGGGCUCUCAGACCUCACAGAAAGAGAUCAGCAAGUCCAGCUGUCCCUCUGCAGAAGAGUAG